UAAACACUUUGUUUCCCCAAGGUUUUCACUAUUUUCUUCCUUUAUACAAGAGAUUCUUCUUGAUCAGAUGUUCGUAGUUCAAUUGCCAAAUUCCUCUCGCCAAUCCUGAACGAUACAUCUACGUACCUCAAAUCCCAAAGUAACCAUGUCGAACAAUAGUAAGAGCUCCUGCAUUGCUGUGCAAGGCUCUGUAACCUCCGACCCAACUACUACGUCGCAUAGCUCUUCGAACGCACACUCUCCUACUGAAGCUGGGCAUCUCUCUACACAUCGCAUUCACCGCUACCUUGUCGACAACGACUCUCCCGUGCCAUACGUCCUGCCUACUGUCCAUGUCAAUGGCAACCUCAACAGAAGUUCAACUGCUAUACAUACAAUGAGCGGGAAAUUGCAGCAGUUCGAUAGAAUAUUCUAGCGUAAAUGAGAGGCUUGGCACAUCACUUGAAGGUUCAAAGUGGGCUUGGCAACGUUGGAUGGUUACAAGAGAGGCCUUUAGGAUGAUUCGAUAACUUAACAGGAAUGGGAAACUUGUCACCAAUUUGUUAACAUUUUCAUUGAGGUUUCUUUACCAAGUGACAUUAAGAUAACAGUGAGUAAUAGGUACGCUUAAUCGUGAGUCUCCUUUCAAUCAAGAGGCACUUGUGCACUUGUAUGAAGGCUAUGUAGAGAGAGACCAGCCAACUUUGUGGUCAUAAAAGAAUGGUGAACGUGACUGAUGAGUUCUACCAUAGUAAGUGUACGGUCUGCCCUCAAUCGCUUAUAGGAACAGGAACCACCGGGGGUCAUUGGUACGAAUUUCAUGUACCAUUCUCUGUACAACUCAAGUGAUUAAGACAAGUAAGCCUCUGACAUGACGUUCAGUGUAUUUUUGUGGUAAAAGGUGAAGUAAAUCGAUAUCCCAGACUUCAGGAAAUUCAAUAGGACAGGCUAGCGCUCUAUGAUCUUCGGAACUGCUGACCUUGACAUGGACCUGAUGAAGAUUUCUCGGUCUAAUCCACAACGAAAGGGAGACACACGUCAACGACAAGUUGGAAGACGAAGCAUUGAAAUCAGUAAUGUUCAAUCGAUCUGGAUUCGUCCCUGUUCAACUCGAAUAGCGACUUGAGUCUCAAUCAUCCAGCAGAUAGCAUAGAAUUCUACUUGAACUCAAGCCACGAGGUGGGUAGUGUAUUGCUGACCGCCAUGCUUCACCAUUAGUAAUUGUAUGUCCAAAAUGUUGGCAAAUAGCACGUGAACCGUGUGCUGAACUCGGCGAAUCACAAUCCUGGAAGUAAGUCGGUUCCCUUCUCAAACCAUACUUCACCAUCAUGCCUUGUAAGAUGGCCUAUUGGUAUGUUGAAAUGAGUAC